AUGGCUGAAUCUAAUAAAAAAGAAUAUGGUGGUGGAUUUGAAAAACAACCUGAUUAUGAGAUUCAAAAAACACAAUUGGUUGGUGAAUUGAAACAUAUACAACAAUUAUUAAAAGAUAAAACUGAACAAAACGCACAAUUACAAACAAAUUAUAAUGCUCUUCUUGAAAAGUUAACUAAUUUAGCACCAGAUGUAAACGCUGCUGUAAAAAAAGCAUUACAAGAUUCACAACCUUUAUUUGAAGACGCUUUAAAAAAAUUAUUAGAAAAUUUAAAUAUAGCAAAAGAUAUUAAAGAUAUUAAAGAAGCU